AUGGCUGUUUCUGGUUUCGAAGGCUUUGAAAAACGACUGGAGCUUCAGUUCUCCAGUCAUGAUCCUGAUAUCGGCAUUGGCCUCAGAGAACUCGAAUUCAAGUUUCUUGAACAAGUUCUCCAUCAAGUACAAUGUACGGUUGUCUCAGCAAUUGGCAAUCUACACUUUGAUUCAUACGUCUUGUCUGAAUCCUCACUCUUUGUUUACCCUACCAAGAUUAUCAUCAAAACCUGUGGCACCACCCAGCUCUUGAAAUCGGUUCAACCAUUCAUUCAUCACGCUAGAACCCUCAACCUUCACAUAACGGCUCUUCGUUACACCCGUGGAAGCUUCAUCUUCCCACAAGCUCAACCACACCCUCACACCAGUUUCCAAGAAGAAGUAGCGUACUUGGAGGAUAACAUCCCCGCAAGCCUAUGUUACAGAAAAGCUUCUGUAAUUCCCUCUAAACUCAAGUCUCACUUAUGGCAUGUGUUUUCUGCGGGAGCUGUUGAAUACUCCGAUAACGUACCACUAGACUUAUACACGGUCGAGGUGUGCAUGACGGAUCUUGAUCAAACCCUAGCUCGCAAGUUUUUCCGCCAUCCAAACGAUGGAAAAAACGGUGACUCUGCUGGAAGAGAGAUGACGGAGAUAACAGGCAUCAACCGUAUUAACCAGAAUGCGCACAUAUGUGAUUUCGCUUUCGACCCAUGUGGGUACUCAAUGAAUGGCAUUGACGGCGACCGUUAUUCCACUAUUCACGUGACGCCGGAGGAUGGUUUUAGCUACGCAAGCUUCGAGUGCGUUGCGUCUAUUUACAAUGACGACAUGGCGGAUAUGGUGAAAAAAGCCGUGAGAGUUUUUGGUCCAGGGACAGUUUCCGUUGCCACCACCAGCGCCAGUCAGGACAUGUGUACACGUAUAAAGGGUGCGGUGGAACAGCUUGGGAUGAAGUGCCGGAGUUUCAGUAUGGAUGAGUUCCCAGCUGCAGGCACGGUGGUGUUUCAAACGUUCACAAAUCGCCGGAAUAGAAUAUAA